AUGAGUCCACUGGUCACAACUACUGAACCGAAUACGAAGACACCAGGGGGUUACCCGCGAGCCACGUCUGAACGCGGCUCGCCAGCGCGUCCGCCUACCUCACCCGCAGUCGGUAACGAUGAACCCGCUCGCGAGAGCGGGGAGCGAGACGAUAAGAUUCUCGCCGCGCUCGCCGCACUUACCGAUCGACUGGCGAAACUCGAGUCGUCGAGAGAGUGCGAGACGAGGAGGAGCGCAUUUUUGGGGCCAUGGAGAGCAGACUUUGCCUCAAAACUCGGCGCCAACAUGCGCGGCCGACCGAUAACGAUCGAAGCGAUCGGAGAAGCGGAGGAGAAGGCACCGGUGCCGCGUGGGUACCAGCGCGCGACUGAUCUUGGCGCGUCGCGAUUUGCAUCGUUCGAGCCACCUCGCGCGCGCGCAGCACCGCAUUUGCAGCAGCGCGCACCAGCGGUUGCGCCACCUCCGCAGAAGUAUGCAGCGCUACCGCCGUCGCAACAAGUCUCUCCGCCACAAGCUUAUGUGCGACCGAGCCUCAACGGAUACGGGAUGCCGUUGGCAAGCCAUCGGAAGUUGAACUUACGCAAGUUCGAGGUACAGAGCUGUACCGCGGACUCGGGAGCGGAUUCUUUGACUGGGGGCGUACUUUUCUGCGCGCGGUGA